AUGUAUGCACCUCAAUGUGUAUCAGCAUCUGCAUCUGCUAAUCAACCACAGGAGCCCUUCCCCUUCGACUACACCCAAGCCAUGACGUACUCGCCAUCCGCUCAAUCGCUUUACUCCUCGUCCGCAGACUCGCACCUGGACUCCUACGCCCCGUCGCCCUACGACGAAUGGAGCGCCAUGAUGCCCUUCGGUUUGCAGGGAUGCUUUCCACUGCAGGGACAUGCCUCACAAGGAGUGGCCUCUUCGUCCUCGAUGGGCCUUGGAACUCGUCCAAUUGAGAUUCCUCGCCCGCAUGCCCACAACGGCGUUGACAUUGCGCACCUGGGCUUUACUCCGUCCUACUCGAGCUCUUCCGGCAUUUCUUCCUCGUACCUGGGCUCGCCGGUCAUCUCGCAAUCAUCCUCAAUGUCAAUGAGCCUUGGGGACAUCAGAGGCCCCCCCAACCAUGUCUCGGGGGCCCUCCACAUGCAUUCUGCACCGGUGAUGUCUGGCUACUCGAUGGCACAUGCAGCUUCGACACCCGCUCCACUGCUCGUGGAUCGACCUAAGCGUGUGCCCCCCCGCCGCCACUCUGAAAGAUUCUUCACUCGCCUUGCCGAUGUCAAGCGCCAUGAAACCAGUGUCCAUGACCCAGUGCCCAUUGACUGCCCAGUGGAGGACUGUUCACGCAAAGGCCAUAUUGGCUUCCCCCGCCGCGACCAUCUCAUUGAACACCUGCGCACAUUCCACAACAAGAACAUCCCCAAGCGUGCAGUGACCAAGAAGCGCAAGGCCAAUGUCACAGCCAAUGCUAAUGCCAUGCUCUGA